AUGUCAGAAGAAGACGCAUGUCCUCUGAAAUUCUCGGCCUAUCUCAAUGAUGGUUGGGCGACAUCUUUACUGAGAGCAACCGAAAACCCAUCCACCAGUCGAAUUACUCGUCGCUUGUCCCUGAACAGACCAUCAACAUCUAUCAAAUCAGCUGAUGUUGUAGAUGGAUCCUCCAAUGAUACCGUGCCGUUCGAAGACCAUCCAGCUUUCGACGGAUCCUCAAAGUCAGAUAUUGCUUUUCGCAUUCGACCAGAAGACAUGAGGGAAAUGACAGAGGAUAGGAGUAACGUCACUAAGAGUACUUUACAAGGUUUUUAUGUGGUUGAAAAACAUAUCGGUAAACAUCAAGGGAUUUCUGAAUCCAUCAAUCCAGUUUCAAGUUCUUCAUCCCCAUCUCCAGAAAAGACUGAAAUGGAAUCGUAUCAUCUUCAUAUAUUCACUCUCGCCGAUCCUGCGACCAGUGAUGCUGAUACGAAGAAGCUCGAUACUGGAGACGAUAUAUUCUCCCAUCUCAAACAGACCGAUCCAUUCUCCAAUUUCGAUACGAUCGGCUGCAACGUCAGAAUGAAGGAGGGGGUUUUAUGUACUUCGAUCUUGACUGAUAGAUUCACUAACGAUUCCUAA